CCCGCCGGCAGCGCCGCCCCCGCCCGCCCAGCCCGCCGCGUCCCGGGACCGGCCCGGCGGCCGCGGCGGACGGAACAGGAAGCGGCGCCGCGCCGGGAGCCGGGGAAAGGCUCCGUCCGCGGGGGCGUGCGGCGCCCGAGCCCAGGGAGGCCCCUCCCCGAGCGGCCGGCGGAGGACGAUGGGGGCGGCCGGGCUGCUGCGGGCCGCGCUCUGGGCCCUGCUGCUCCCGCUGGUAGCUGCUGAUGAGGGGAUCCUGCAUGCCUCUGGAAGUGGAGUGCCUCCAGUAACUAAGGAUUACUGCAUCAUCUACAAUUCUAAUUGGACACCUCUUCCAAAAACCCUGGACAAUGCUACUUUUGGGACUCUGGAAAACCUGACUUCUACAGUCCUCUGCAGUUCAGCUGAAGUUCCUUCUGGCUCAGUGAAAGACAAAGCAGUUGUAGUGAUGAGAGGAAACUGCACUUUCUUGGAGAAAGCAAGAAUUGCACAAAAUUUGGGUGCUAAAAUGCUGUUGAUUGCCAGUAAAUCUAGGCUGUCUGCUAUUUCAGAUAACAAGACUGAUUUUGAAGAUGUGACUCUUCCAAUUGCUCUUAUAAGAUAUAAUGACAUAGUAGAUAUGCAGCUGGUGCUUGGAAAUGAAGUUAAUGUGACUCUGUAUGCACCACCUUUGCCAGAGUUUGACUACAGUAUGGUUGUCAUCUUCCUAAUUGCUGUAUUUACAGUGGCACUGGGAGGCUACUGGAGUGGAGUAGCAGAACUUGAGAAUCUGAAAGCAGUAGCAAGUCCAGGGGAGAGAGAAACCCGAUGGAAGAAGGAAGAAAAUGUUACUUUCACACCUUUGACAGUUAUCUUAUUUGUUGUCAUCUGUUGUGUCAUGCUGGUUUUACUUUAUUUCUUCUACAAAUGGUUAGUUUAUGUUAUAAUAUCAGUCUUCUGCCUGGCAUCUGCGAUGAGUCUGUACAACUGUCUUGCAGCAUUAAUUGGACAAAUCCCAUUUGGGCAGUGCAGGAUUACAUGUUCCAACAAAACCAUUGAAGUGAGGCUUAUUUUUCUUGCUAUAUUCUGCAUAGCAGCAGCUGUUGUCUGGGCAGUAUUUCGAAAUGAAGAUAGGUGGGCUUGGAUUUUGCAAGAUAUUUUGGGAGUUGCUUUCUGCCUGAACUUCAUUAAAACACUUAAAAUGCCCAACUUCAAGUCCUGUGUAAUACUUCUUGGUCUCCUCCUCCUAUAUGAUGUGUUUUUUGUCUUCAUAACACCAUUUAUCACAAAGAAUGGGGCAAGUAUAAUGGUUGAAGUUGCAGCUGGUCCCUUUGGAAACAGUGAAAAGAGUGAUGGAAACUUGGUGGAAGUCCCUGCUGAACGCUCAGCUCCCCAUGAGAAAUUACCCGUGGUUAUUAGAGUGCCUAGACUUGAACAGUCUGCAUCAACACUCUGUGACUUGCCCUUUUCAUUGUUGGGUUUUGGAGACAUUAUUGUCCCAGGGCUUCUGGUUGCCUAUUGUCGAAGAUUUGAUGUUCAAACAAGAUCAUCUUCUGUAUACUACAUUUCCUGCACAAUAGCUUAUGCUGUUGGCAUGGUGCUGACUUUCAUCGUUCUGGCGUUGAUGAAGAUGGGGCAGCCUGCCCUUCUCUAUCUUGUACCGUGUACACUCAUCACAAGCUCCCUCAUUGCCUGGAGGCGCAAAGAGAUGAAGAAGUUUUGGAAAGGAAGCAGUUACCAGGUAUCGGACUCCUCCAGGACGCCUUUGCUACAAGAUGAUGGAACAUCUGGAUUACACAGGAAAUGAAGAAAGCACAGCAACAGCCACUGAACAGCCUGGAGGACAAUAAUAUGUGGGAUCCUGAUUUAAAAUAGCAUUUGAAUUUUUGACAGCUGAAUUACAGUAAAUUUGGUGAAGUUUUACAAUAGAGUGUUUCCCACUCUGUGUAAAAGGGUUUUUUAUUCCUGCACCUAUAUUUUUAUGGAAAAUACUGUUAAUACCAUAAAAGUAAUCAAAAUAGAGUUGCAUUUUUACAGCCAAACCAUAGCUAGUAAAACCGUGCCUUAUUUCAAUUUAAAUAAAAGGAGAUUUUCUAUGCAAUUUUCCAACUGUGUUUCUAUACAGUAUAUUUUUGUAAAAGUUGCUUGCCCAUAUCAGCUUAAGUGAAGUGUUCUUCUGAAGUUUUGAUUAAGAUUUGUCAGGUUUCUUUGAAAAAAAAUAAAGUACCCUUCAUAGGAUUUCUUUCCAGAUUUUGGAUGCAGAUUUGGAUAGUAAUUGAACUAUAGCAACUGAAAAAUGAAACUAUAGUUCCAUUACUACAAGUGAUUCAAUAAACAAUGUAUAUGUCAAUGUACAUUGUGAGCCAUAAAAUAAAUAACAGGGGAAAUUGAGUGUGGGGUUGUAAACUCUUUCUCCCCACUCAUGUCAUGGAAUCACUGGCUUAUGCCUUAAUUGUGAAAAUUGUUAAGCUUUGAUGCAAGUCUUUGGAUUAUAGACAUUUCCAAACAUUUGAAAAUAAUAAAAGAGGGGUGGUACUUA